UGGCGCACGCUGCAGAGGUUUAUCCGAUACGAAGGGAAGAGGAUUUGCCGCUGAGCCGUGGUGCCUGCACAGGACACCAGCUGUGGGUCAGAUGCUGGGAGGAGUCUCCGCACGGUCAUUUGCGAGCGCCAACGCUCGCUGCGCAUUCGGCCGGGCGGGAGCGGAGACAGAGGGCACCCUGGGAUUCCUCUGGAGGACUGUGACGGCCUCCAGGGGCCUGACGGUGCCCUGGAAGCACAGAAGGCUCUACAGAUCUACCCCAGUCGACUCUCCUCCCAGAAUGCCCAACACUAAGGCCCAAGACAUGGGCUCCGCCUUCAUCCAGACGCAGCAGCUCAACGCCGCCAUGGCCGACACCUUCCUGGAGCACAUGUGCCUGCUGGACAUCGACUCCGAGCCCACCACCGCCCGCAACACUGGCAUCAUCUGCACCAUCGGGCCUGCCUCUCGCUCCGUGGACAUGCUGAAAGAGAUGAUCAAGGCUGGCAUGAACAUCGCCCGCAUGAACUUCUCCCAUGGCUCCCAUGAGUACCAUGGCGACACCAUGAGGAAUGUCCGUGAGGCGGCUGCGAGCUUUGGGCCCGGCAGCAUCAAGUACCGGCCCGUGGCCAUCGCCCUGGAUACCAAAGGCCCAGAGAUCAGGACUGGACUCAUCAAAGGAAGCGGCGAGGCCGAGGUGGAGCUGAAGAAGGGCAACAUGCUGAAGGUGACCAUGGACGACGCCUUCAAGGAGAGCUGCGACGAGGAGACCCUGUGGCUGGACUACAAGAACAUCACCAACGUGGUGGAGGUGGGCAGCAAGGUCUACAUCGACGACGGCCUCAUCUCCCUGCAGGUGCAGGAGAUCGGCUCUGACUACCUGAUGUGUGAGAUUGAGAACGGUGGUACCCUGGGCAGUAAGAAGGGCGUGAACCUGCCUGGCGCUGCCGUGGACCUGCCGGCCGUGUCCGAGAAGGACAUCCAGGACCUGACGUUCGGCGUGGAGAUGGGCGUGGACAUGGUCUUCGCCUCCUUCAUCCGCAAGGCGGCCGACGUGCACGCCGUCAGGGCGGUCCUGGGCGAGAAGGGCAAGAACAUCAAGAUCAUCAGCAAACUGGAGAACCACGAGGGAGUCCGCAGGUUUGACGAGAUCAUGGAGGCCAGUGAUGGCAUCAUGGUUGCCCGUGGCGAUCUGGGAAUUGAGAUUCCCACAGAGAAGGUCUUCGUAGCUCAGAAGAUGAUGAUUGGCCGCUGCAACAAAGCAGGCAAGCCAAUCACCUGCGCCACACAGAUGCUGGAGAGCAUGAUCAAGAAGCCUCGCCCGACCCGCGCCGAGGGCAGCGACGUGGCCAACGCCGUGCUGGACGGAGCCGACUGCAUCAUGCUGAGCGGCGAGACGGCCAAGGGAGAUUACCCCCUGGAGGCCGUGCAGACGCAGCACAAGAUCGCCCGCGAGGCAGAGGCGGCGACGUUCCACCGCCUGGUCUUUGAGAACCUGCGGCGCUGCUCACCGCACUCCAGCGACCCGGCGGAGGCCAUCGCCAUAGGUGCCGUGGAGGCCUCCUUUAAGAUCCUGGCCUCCGCCAUCAUAGUGCUCACCGGCUCCGGAAGGUCUGCCCACCUGUUGUCCAGGUACCGCCCACGCGCCCCCAUCAUGGCCGUGACUCGUAACGAGCAGACCGCCCGCCAGUGCCACCUGUACCGCGGCAUCUUCCCCGUCUUCUACAACCAGCCCGCCCACGACGUCUGGGCAGAGGACGUUGACAUGCGCGUCAACUUCGCCAUGGAGAUGGGCAAGGCCCGAGGCUUCUUCAAGACCAACGACGCCGUCAUCAUCCUCACUGGCUGGCGCCCUGGCUCCGGUUACACCAACACCAUGCGUGUGGUCCUGGUGCCCUAAACUACCCCCUCAGCCCUGCAGGGGACUGCCCCACCAUACUCUCCCUCUUACCCCCUCCACCCCUCACCCCCACCCCACCCCACCACCUGAAUCACACCUUAACACCAGUUAGUGGUCCUUCCACCGCUGUGGCUAACAUAGGAACGAACACGCUACCGUUUAGAUGAGUAGGAAACCAAGGCAAAACAGGAACCUGUCCCGCUUACUGCUCUCAAGGGCCAGUGACGCGAUGACCGCUUGACUCUAAAUUGUAGAAAAUACAAAACAAGUCA